AUGGAAAACUUCUUUAAACGUGGAAAAGUUCAUAUUUCAAAAUUUGUGCGGAAUUGUUUUAAUAAUAUAGAUAUAGCUCUGUCAAUGGUGGAACUGGUUGAGUUGAAGAGAAACAAAUGGAAGGCGAAGAUCCAACAUACCAAAGGGCAGCUUUUAGCGAUUUUGGGCAGAGUUUUAUUAGUUUGUCGUAAGAAACAAGAAAAUGCAAAACCUAGCUGUAUCAUCAAGAUACCGGAUGAUUUAAUAGAAGAGAUUCUUCACCGUCUUCCGGUGAAAUCGUUGGUAAGAUUAAAAUCAGUAUCGAAAGAAUGGAAAUCAUUGAUGGAAUCCGGCUAUUUAGCAGAGAAACACCUCCGUCUCCUUGAGAAAAAGUAUUAUGGAAUUGUUGAAGAAGAGAUGAAAAUCACUGUUCACAAGUCCACAUCGAAAAGCUUGUGUAUCAAGUUUUUCUCGAAAUGCGGUAAAAUGAGUUCUGGAGCAAGUUCAGGAGGUCUUGUUCGCGUUGCUGGUUCUUGUAAUGGUUUGGUAUGCGUACACGAGUUGGAUUCUGUCAACGUUUAUCUAUGCAACCCAAUGACAGGUGUGACCCGGACACUUACUCCUCCUCCUCAAGCUAACAACAAACUUUCAGUUGGGUUUGGGAUAGAUGUUGUGACAGGAACAUACAAAGUGGUGCUUUUUUAUUAUGGCUUGGGAACAGUGGUUUUCGAUUUCGGCACUAGCAAGUGGAGGCCAACCGCUGGUCCAAUGCCACUUUCUUGCAUUCCGCGUCCUGAUAGAAACCCAGUCUUUGUAAACGGCUCACUCUUCUGGUUGUUGAAAAAUAACUUUUCCGAGAUACUAGUCAUGGAUCUUCACACUGAAAAGUUUCGUACUUUGUCCACACCCAGCGAUAUGGGUGUGACAGUGGGUGAAAUUUACAUGUGCAGUUUCGAGGAUCGUGUCUGUUUCUUUAAUUUCAGACAAAUCUAUAAUUUCAGACAAGGUGUGCGUUCGUACGUGUGGGUCCUUUUAAAGAACGAGAGGUGGGAGAGCACUACAGAUAACUUCUUAGGUAUCCGUAGUCCUCCAAUAAGCUUGAAUUCAGCUUGGUUUUCACAGACCUUAGUUUCUCCUUGUCAGUCGUCGUCUAGCACAUGUAUCCGUUAUAGACAAAGACAGAGGAGUAGUGCAUCUGCACAAUAUUGUCAGUAGCUUCUUUAUCUUCCUCUCUCUCACAUUUAUUAUUGCUUCUCAAUCAAGUAAACAAAAAUGGUU